CCGGCCGGAAAGCGAUAAACGUGAAAAAUAUCAAGUCACGGGGCAGCAAAGCAAAAAGAUUCUACGCUAGGAUCUCAUCGGCAAAUCCGCUCAACUCCACUGGUCACAUUCUCCGGACUACCCACAUUCCAAUCCCUUUUCCAGUAAAAAGAAGCUGAACUCUGAGAGAUGGCAAUAGCCGUGAUAGCAUUGAUUUUGGGUGUCUUACUUGGAGCUUUUAUUUUGAUACCCCGGCGUGGUAAAUCAGCUCAUACAAACAAGAUUCAAUCAAAUGCUAACAAUUCUAAGGCAUCCAAAUCCUACAGUAAGGCAGAAAUCGCAUUACAUGAUAAGAGGACUGAUUGUUGGAUCAUCAUUAAAGACAAGGUUUAUGAUGUUUCCUCAUAUGUAGAGGAACAUCCAGGUGGUGAUGCCAUCUUGGCGCAUGCCGGAGAUGAUUCAACUGAAGGGUUUUAUGGGCCGCAGCAUGCUACCCGAGUAUUUGACAUGAUUGAUGACUUCUACAUUGGAGUUCUUCAGAAGUAAAUUACAAGCAACUGCCACCAUUGGGUUGUAAAAUUGAGAGCAAAAUGGGAACCUUCUAAGAAUAUUCUUCUGGUGGCUUUACAAGUCUUAACAUUGUCAUGUGCUGUGCACACUUGGUUUUUUUUUUAAGGAGAAAUACUUGGCAGUUAUUCUGGUGCUUAACUUUUUUUUUUCUUCAUCCGCUGAUUAAUCUGUGAUUUAUCUAAUGCUCUGAUCAUCUUCUGAUUCAGAAGUUUAUCUGCCACAUGCAUUUGUCAUCUGUGGUUGCCAUGGCAAAGAGUUUUAAUAUGCUUGAAUU